AUGUGUGGAUCCCUGAAAAAACGUAUCCAGAAUUAUCUGAAGGACCGACAAUAUCAGAGGACCAGAUUAGUAACCAAAGAUGGUCGCUGCAACAUUGAAUAUGGAAACAUUAUGUAUAGCAAACACUUUGCCUUCCUGGCUGACUUCUGGACCACCUUUGUGGAGAUCCGGUGGCGUUUUGUCCUAUUCUUCUUUAUCGCCUCUUUCACCCUUAGCUGGUUCAUUUUUGGCCUGCUAUGGUACUGGAUUGCCCGCAGUAAUGGAGAUUUGAAGUGGCAAAACCCCCCUGCAGAACAUAUUCCAUGUGUUGAUAAUGUUGUAGGACUCACCACUGCUUUUCUCUACUCCCUUGAAACCCAGACAACAAUUGGGUAUGGUGGACGAGCGCUCACCCCAGUUUGCCCAGGUGCUGUGGCGCUUCUCAUCAUCCAGUCCCUCCUUGGAGCAAUUAUCAACUGCUUCAUGUGUGGAGUCAUCUUGUCCAAAAUCUCUUUGCCUAAAAAGAGGGCUAAGACCAUCACAUUUAGUGACAUGGCUGUCAUCAGCCCCAAAAAUGGUUCCCUCUGCUUAUCGAUCCGAGUGGCUAACCUGCGCAAGACCCUGAUGAUAGGAAGCCAGAUCUAUGGCAAACUACUGAGGACAACAAACACACCAGAUGGGGAGACCAUCAUCAUGGAUCAAGUGAACAUUGACUUCAUGGUGGACGCUGGCAAGGACAACCUCUUCUUUGUAUGUCCUCUCACACUGUAUCACAUGAUCGACAAGAGCAGCCCAUUCUUCGAGAUGGCGGUGGACACACUCCACAAGCAAGAGUUUGAGUUGGUUGUCUUCUUAGAUGGUACUGCAGAGUCUACCAGCUCUGCCUGCCAAGUCCGGACCUCCUUUAUUCCUCAUGAGAUCAUGUGGGGCUACAAUUUCUUGCCCAUCAUCUCCAGAAGCAAAGAGGGCAAGUACAGGGUCGAUUUCUCUAACUUUUCCAAGGUGGUCCCUGUGGCCACUGCACACUGUGCCUACUGUUUCCAUAACAUCAGGGGUCAUCAUCACCACUCCAGAGAUGGACAUGACAACCAAGGUUUUGACGUCAUUGAUAUUGAUCAGCCGAAUGUCACCAAGAUGUGA